AUGUUUUCAAUCUCUAGUCCAUUGAUCUCUAUGAGAUCUUCCAUCUUUCGUCAAUCCAAUAGAUUAUUCCUGCAAUACGCUAAAAAUGAACAAAUUUUCUUACAUUCAAUUGAAGGUACAACCAUUGCAUCUCUUUCAAAAGACCCAAAGGCUACAAGUCUUGGAACUGUCACAGGCUCAACAGCUGCCAUAGUGCCCACAAACUUCAAGACCAACCCAACUUUCGUAUCUAUUCUCCAUGAAACUGUGUCCAAAACAAUCCAAAACGAUUUCCUGUUCAUAGUAGAAGCAGGUGCUAACGCCAAUACAUAUAUGCCAAUCUAUGAUUUCCGUCAUACUCCAAACUAUGGAAGAAUCCCUGAAGUUGACAACAUAUUCGGUUAUGUUCAAGUAGAUGCUGAGGGCAAGAUUGUACCUGGAACUUAUGAGUCUAAUAACCUUUACAGAUUGUGUAAUGGAGAAUCUGGAAUAAUCAAACUUUCUGAUUUCUUGUACUCUGAAGUUCAAAAGGCUUGUGAGAAUAGUUCAUAG